GUUAUUGCUGGGCUGCCGGAAGAAGGCAGGGAACCCGGAAGUAAACAUUACCGGAUCGCUUCGUUCGUGGCGGAUGGUUUUGGCGUGGUCUGUGCCGGGACUGGGUAAGAGGAAGCCAGUUCAUCAUGUCGGCGGCAGCUGUAGAUACGGUUAAUGCCAUCCCCCUGUCGGGGUCAAAAGAGAUGAGUUUGGAGGAGCCAAAGAAGAUGACCAGAGAAGACUGGAGAAAAAAGAAGGAGCUAGAAGAACAGAGAAAACUGGGCAAUGCCCCUGCAGAAGUUGACGAAGAGGGGAAAGAUAUCAACCCUCAUAUUCCUCAGUACAUUUCUUCGGUUCCAUGGUACAUUGAUCCAUCAAAGAGACCCACUUUAAAGCAUCAGAGACCACAGCCAGAGAAACAGAAGCAAUUCAGUUCCUCUGGGGAAUGGUACAAGAGAGGUGUAAAGGAGAAUUCUAUAACUACCAAAUACCGAAAGGGGGCAUGUGAAAAUUGUGGGGCCAUGACACACAAGAAGAAAGAUUGCUUCGAGAGGCCACGGCGGGUUGGAGCUAAAUUCACAGGCACUAACAUCGCUCCGGAUGAGCACAUCCAGCCUCAGCUGAUGUUUGACUAUGACGGGAAGAGAGACCGGUGGAACGGCUACAAUCCAGAAGAGCACAUGAAAAUCGUUGAGGAGUACGCCAAAGUUGACCUGGCAAAACGAACAUUGAAAGCUCAGAAACUGCAAGAAGAGUUAGCCUCCGGAAAAUUAGUGGAACAAGCCAAUUCUCCAAAACAUCAGUGGGGAGAAGAGGAACCCAAUUCUCAGAUGGAAAAGGAUCAUAACAGUGAGGAUGAAGAUGAAGAUAAAUACGCGGAUGACAUUGACAUGCCCGGGCAGAAUUUCGACUCUAAGAGACGCAUUACUGUUCGGAAUCUCAGGAUUCGCGAAGAUAUUGCAAAAUAUUUGAGAAACUUAGAUCCAAAUUCUGCCUAUUAUGAUCCAAAAACUAGAGCAAUGAGAGAGAAUCCUUAUGCUAAUGCUGGAAAGAAUCCAGAUGAAGUGAGUUACGCUGGAGAUAACUUUGUUAGAUACACAGGAGAUACCAUUUCAAUGGCUCAAACACAGUUGUUUGCUUGGGAAGCCUAUGACAAGGGAUCUGAAGUGCAUCUCCAGGCCGAUCCUACAAAACUAGAGCUGCUGUAUAAGUCCUUCAAAGUCAAAAAAGAAGACUUCAAGGAGCAGCAGAAAGAAAGCAUCUUGGAAAAGUAUGGUGGUCAAGAACACUUGGAUGCUCCUCCAGCUGAGCUGCUGCUGGCCCAGACAGAAGACUAUGUGGAGUACUCCAGGCAUGGAACAGUCAUUAAAGGCCAGGAGCGGGCUGUCGCCUGCUCCAAGUAUGAGGAAGAUGUGAAGAUCCAUAACCACACGCACAUCUGGGGAUCUUACUGGAAAGAAGGCCGGUGGGGAUAUAAAUGUUGUCACUCAUUUUUCAAGUAUUCCUAUUGCACUGGAGAAGCUGGGAAGGAGAGUGUUAAUUCGGAGGAGUGUAUUCUAAAUGAUGCAACUGGAGAAGAUUCUGUGAAGAAACCUCAGACCCUCAUGGAGCUGCAUCAGGAAAAACUAAAAGAAGAGAAGAAGAAGAAAAAGAAGAAGAAGAAACACCGGAAGAGCAGUUCCGACAGCGAUGACGAGGACAGAAAGCACGAGAAACUGAAAAAGGCACUGAAUGCAGAGGAGGCCCGCCUUCUUCAUGUCAAGGAGAUCAUGCAGAUUGAUGAGCGGAAGCGGCCUUACAACAGCAUCUAUGAAAGCCGGGAGCCCACUGAAGAGGAAAUGGAGGCCUACAGAAUGAAACGACAGAGGCCAGAUGACCCCAUGGCCUCUUUCCUGGGACAGUAGUAACUAGUUGGGAUCGAGUCCAUACACAGCAUGUUCAUUCCAGCUCCUGCUGACUAUAGAUAGGAAACCUCGUCUCUCUUUGUUGCAGCCUGGCAUUAAUAAAGCUUUCAGAAGUCUGAAA